CGCAACCACCAUAAAGGCUACAUACCCAGACGUUUCCAAGGAGCCCACAGGCAAGGGCUAUUCCCCUCUAAGAAGUACUGCUAACACAACCGAGCCUGCAGGCAGUGCCAAUGGGUCUGCAAGAAGCAGUGGAACAGUAACAAAACCGUCUGACUACGGCACGGAGAAGGCAACGAAUAAUAAUUACUCAGUAAAAACGAAAAAUACGGAGAAGACGGAGCCUGGUAGCGGUCCUGCGGGAUCUAGCGGUGGGAAAACCUUGAACAACGAGUCAAGUUCCUGGGUGUCGAGUGAGGGCAACAAUGGCUCGACGAGGCAGAACACUUCGAAUGCGCCCGGGAGUGGGGGCGCUUUCGAGCAAUCUGGUGGUGGCACUAAUCCACCAAAAGAACACCCUCAUGAGACAGCUGAAACUACAGGUGGGUCUGGAAGGUCUAUAAGCAGCGAGCCUUCAGUAACAAACAACACACGCGAUGCGGUUCCAUCCAACAAACAUCACGCUGUAGAUGGCCUGACUACGGAAAGCACUACUGAAACAGAAAACCGUCAAGGUUCUGCGGGAUCCAGUCGGCAAGGAGCAACAACAAACGCCUCUGCCAAUGA